AUGAUCCUCUCCUUGAGCCAGAUCGCUGCAGUGGGCACUGUGCUGGGGGUGGUGUCCCAUCUGACAUACUUCAUCCAUGGGGAGCACCAUCGUCAAGCAUUUCAAUAUUUUGUGGCCUUUGUGACGUUUCCUAUCAUCGCCACCGUAGCGCAGCUCACCUUUGGGGUCCCUGUGGUGUUGGCUCUCCAGCAGACGGCCGUCCUCUACACCACCUACCUGACCGGAUUAUACUCGAGCCUGUUCCUCUACCGAGCUUUCUUCCACCGGCUGCGCUCUUUUCCCGGCCCGUUUGGCGCAAAGAUAUCGAAACUAUGGCACGUGUGGAAGGUGGCUCCGCACGUUGACAACUACAAGCAUCUGACCAGAAUGCACGAGAAAUACGGGACCUUUGUUCGCACGGGGCCCAAUGAAAUCUCCACGAUCCAUCCCGAUGCGGUCGAAGUCCUCUAUGGAGCAUCCUCCAAAUGCACCAAAACCGCUUGGUACGAGGGCAAUUCUGAGUUGACCUCGAUGCAUUCAACCCGGUCAAGACAAUAUCAUGACCUCCGACGGAAAGCCUGGGCUCGAGGAUUCACUCAAAACUCACUACGAGAAUACGAACCUCGCGUCGAACGGUACACCCAAAGCCUCGUCGAACAGAUCCGCGCCUUUUCUGGGCAGCCUGUCAACGCCGCACAGUGGUUCAACUACUACAGCUUCGAUGUCAUGGGAGAUCUGGCCUACGCCAAAGACUUUGACAUGCUCAAGAGUGGGCAGAAGCACUGGGCCAUAGAGAUCCUCAACGCUGGGCAGCGCGGGAUUGGAAUCUUCGGACCUGUGCCAUGGCUGUUCCUCAUCCUCGAGAAGUUCCCACCGAUCACCAAAGAGUUCCGAAAGUUUAUUAAAUUCUGCGAAGAUAUGAUGGAGGAAAGAAUGAAGAUGAAGGUCGGCAAACCAGACAUAUCAUCCUGGAUCUUGCAGUCUCCUCCCAUGACGGGCACCGGCUACAGCGAACGUGCCUGGCUCACUGGCGAUUCACGGCUCAUCAUUGUGGCGGGAAGUGACACGACUGCAGCAACGUUGACCCAUCUUUUCUUCCAUCUGGCCAAAGAUCAAUCUCAAAUCGACCGCUUGCGGGAAGAGAUUCAGUCCUUGAAAGGCGACCUCCAAGCCUCGAAGUUACUCACCCUCAAGCAUUUGAACGGUGCAAUCAAUGAGGCGCUCAGGCUUCAUCCACCUGUCCCCGGUGGUGUCACCCGGCUAACGCCAGCCGAAGGCGUUACCGUGGGAGGCACGUAUAUUCCUGGUAACGUCAAUGUGUGGGCGCCAUUAUAUCCUUUGUUCCGAUCUCCAGAAUGCUAUGUACAUCCGGACGACUUCAUUCCCGAACGAUGGUAUAGCAAGCCAGAAUUGCUCAAGCGCGGCGACUCAUUUGCCCCCUUCCUCAUUGGACCGUAUUCAUGUAUCGGCAAACAGCUUGCUUUGAUGGAAAUCCGCUCAGUGACCGCUCAGAUCCUGUUGAAUUUCGACGUCGCAUUCGGACCUGGCGAGGACGGAACCGCGCUGCUUGAGAAGACGCUGGAUACUUUUACUCUGGAGCUGGCGCCCUUGAGUCUGUGCUUCACCCCGCGUAAGCAGGAGGUUGAAGCUUGA